GUCACAAAAGAGGUGACCCAAAUUGAGUCUUAAAGGAGAAAAUGACCAUCUUUGAAAAUGUCACCCGGGCCCUGGCCAGACAGCUAAACCCUAGAGGGGACCUGACACCCCUUGACAGCCUCAUAGACUUCAAGCGCUUCCAUCCUUUCUGCCUGGUGCUGCGGAAGAGGAAGAGCACACUCUUCUGGGGUGCCCGCUAUGUCCGCACUGACUACACCCUCCUGGAUGUGCUUGAAGUUGGCAGUUCACCUUCAGAUCCAACAGACUCUGGGAACUUUAGCUUUAAGAAUAUGCUGGAUGCCCGAGUGGAGGGAGAGGUGGAUGUGCCAAAGACAGUCAAGGUCACGGGGACUGCCGGGCUGUCCAGGAGCAGUACCCUGGAGGUCCAGACACUCAGUGUGGCCCCUAAGGCUCUGGAGACCUUGCACCAGGAAAGGAAGCUGUCCACCGAGCACCCGUUCCUGAAGGAGAUGCGAGACCGAGGGGAGAACCUGUAUGUGGUCAUGGAGGUGGUGGAGACCGUGCAGGAGGUCACUCUGGAGAGAGCCGGCAAGGCGGAGGGCUGCUUCUCCCUCCCGUUCUUUGCCCCGUUGGGACUACAGGGAUCCAUAAACCACAAGGAGGCCGUAACCAUCCCCAAGGGCUGCAUCCUGGCCUUUCGAGUGAGACAACUGAUGGUCCAAGGCAAAGCAGAAUGGGAUAUUCCACAUAUCUACAAUGAUAACAUGCAAACCUUCCCUCCUGGAGAAAAGCCAGAGGAGAAGUUCACCGAGGAGGAACAUGAGGACUUCAAGACACUAAAAGAAGAAGUUCAAAGAGAGAUCCAAGAAGUGAAGAAGCUAAGCCGGGUAGGGCAAAGCUCCCUGCUCACCUCCCUCAGCAAACUUCUUGGGAGGAAAAAGGAGCUACAGGACCUGGAGCUCACGCUUGAAGGGGCUCUAGACAAAGGACAUGAAGUGACGCUAGAGGCACUCCCAAAAGAUGUCUUGGUAUCAAAGGAGGCUAUGGGUGGCAUCCUGUAUUUCCUCGGAGCCCUAACACAGCUAAGUGAAGCCCAACAGAAGCUGCUGAUAAAAUCAGUGGAGAAAAAGAUACUACCCUUGCAGCUAAAGCUGGUGGAGAGCACAAUGGAACAGAGUUUCCUACAGGAUAAAGAGGGUGUUUUCCCCCUGCAGCCCGACCUGCUCUCCUCCCUUGGGGAAGAGGAAUUGACCCUCACAGAGGCCCUAGUGGGGCUGAGUGGCCUCGAAGUGCAGAGAUCGGGCCCCCAGUACACGUGGGACCCAGACACCCUCCCCCGCCUCUGUGCCCUUUAUGCUGGCCUCUCCCUCCUGCAGCUGCUGACCAAGGCCUCCUAACUGGCCUUUUCCACCUGCUUCCUGCCUCCUAAUGCCUUCCUGACCUCACUGUGCUGUGUUCUUAACACCCAAGGGUAUUUUAGAGCCCCCAGACUGAAGAUGAUGGAAACCCUAGCUGAUCACCCAAGAUAAGUGAUUUCCACUUGUCCAGCUCUACCUCUUCCCCUACCCCUUCAGCUCCACAACCCAUCUGCUGAUGCUUAAAUUCUUUAAAAGUGGAAAAGUUCACAUUUUUAAAACUAUGAAUCAUUUCAGCAAAACCAAAAAUAAUUAAUUUCCUAUCCCAAUUCCUCCUGCUUAUGCUUCCACAAAUCAAGUUUUACUGGAAUUAAUGGAAAAUAUGGUUCCACUUUGGAUGAAAUGUCUUUUGGUGUUUUUCUUAACUUCUGCCAGGAAAAAAAAUAGACAUUAUCAUACUACAUACAGAUCAUGUGUACAUGAGUUCUAUUAUACUGUCCACAGGUCAGCUGGAAAAUGCCCAGAGAACUAUGAGGGUGUAGAAUGUAGAAUCUAAAUUCUAAAGUGAGGGGCGCCUGGGUGGCUCAGUCGUUAAGCGUCUGCCUUUGGCUCUGGUCA